AUGCGGCCGACAAUACGUGCGCUUGCACGCUACUUGGAGCCAGGCACUCCUACCGGUCUGGCUGGUCUGUGGACUCAUCCCACUCCUCGAUCGACGCUCCUCUACCUUUACGGGACGACACUCAAAAAACUCCAAUCCAUACCUGAAACUUCACUUUACCGCCAGUCCGUUGAGACUGUCACGAAACACCGAAUGAGUCUUGUGGGAAAUAUCAUUCCUCCUGGCUACAACGAAUGGGCAGCCAGAGCCAGAGAAUUGAUCAGGAAAAACCCAGAGCAAUUUCGAGUUGCCAGUGGUCGGGUUGACGGUAGCGAGGCCAGGACUGUGAAACUAGGGGAUCGUGUUUUCGUUGUCGGCUCGAAGCACGAAGCUGGUGAUAUACGCUACGAAGAAUGGGAUGGGGAGGCCGAUGAGGGUGGUGAGCUUGAAGGCAUCAGAACCCCAGCUGAGAGGCAAGAUCAAGUAAUCUGGGCCGAACGAAAGCCGUUGGAGGACCACGAGAAAAUCGAGUGGGAAGACGAGCCACAAUUGACCGCAGAACAGGUGCAGGAGCUGGAGCAUAAGAUUGGCGCUGGCCUUAUUGAGGAGGUCAUCCAGGUUGCAGAGGGCGAGCUUCGCAUCAUUGACGCUAUGGAAAAGGCCAGAAUUUGGGAAGAUCUGGAGGAAAAGCCUGUUGAUGGCCAAUGGGAUUACUUCGACAGGAAGAGCAUGUAA